CUGCCUUCAAUUUCAAGUCGCCUCUGAAUUUCUGCGCUUAUCCGGGUACUGCCCCUUCAAAUAAUGUUCUAUACGCAUCAUGUGCGUGGCGACUGAGCUAUACCCCAUUCACUCCUCCACCCGGGCAUCCCCCUCCUUACUUACUACCCGAGUGCGAUGUCGAGAAAAAACCCGUUCAAAUCCUUCUCCAAAGGAAGUCGUUCCGUUCCCGGCUCAUCUUCACAACCGCCGCUCCCCUCGACCUCCUCCGAGUCACCUCGUGCUCUCUCGAUCAAUCUUCAGGUUCCUCGAGAUCACGACAACACCCACAGCGAUCGACAUGGGUUGCCGACAGAGUCUUAUCCUGGGCUCAUAGUGACUGGCCAGGCUAUGCCUUUUAUGAACAGAGAUUCGAAGAAAUCGGAAUCUCUUAUAUGUCGUAUAUUCGGGAGGGCCCGCAGGAAAUUGAGUCCUGACCACAGCAGGCCUGACACUCCCAAUCUCGUUGAGCCGUCCAGGUCAGCCACACCUCUCCAGCUGUCCGCUAAUAAUGCAGUGCCUCUUUCAUUUCCCCUCGCCUGUGGGGGAAAUAUUGAUAAUCUUCAUGAAACAUCUGGCUCAUAUGCUACACAUGACAAUGGCCUGAGCGUUCAUGCGCAAUUGGAACGCGAGGGUAUUAACGUGCCCCCCUUAUCGGAACACGCGAUCACACCAUCGGCCAGCUCAAGCAGUGAUCGACAGGAUGUAAUCAUUGGCGCUAUUAGACUCAUUCUCCAAAAUGCGACCUCCGCCCUUAAAUUUGCCCCGAUUCCGAAUCUUGACACAAUCCCAGACUUGCUUUUGAAGUGGCUCGACGUCUACGAGGUUUGUGGGACAUGAUUUGGACAGAUCGUCGGUGGAAAUGACAAGAGUCUCAAAGGCUUAUAUGGUGACAUCCGAAAAGCCUAUGACACUAUUUUUCAGCCACUCGCGCUGUCGACUGACCGUAUACCUGAUGAAGUGGUUUUUUUCAUCAAGGGGUUUCACUCGGCCCUGGAACAACAAAUAA